AUGUCAUCUUACAGAAUUCUCGCAUAUUCAAAAAUUGCUGACACUUUCAAGUGCUUUCUUGAUGGAAACCAAAUUCCUGCAUUUACUGUGCAAGAAUCUGAUAUAAAUCGCUACUUUUCGGUGGUUAGAAUCUUGUCAGGUUCACUUGAGCCAGCUAAGUAUUCAUCUCUUAACUGGGACCAUAUGGGUUACUUAGAAAAUGAAAAGUUAAGGAGCUGAAUGAAACACAUAGGCUAUCAUUCUUUUACUAUUGAAAAUACUAUUUAUGUCCCACUACCAAAUAUCGAAUUGAACGGGGAUAUCCCACGAGAAUUUUUGAAUUAUGAAAUCAUGCUAGAAAGGUACAACUUAGCAAUUUCUAACAACUUCAUCGACAAGGAAUUCAGCUUAAGUGCUGCUACAUAUAACCCAGUUGCAUUUCACGAAAAUCCAGAUUUUUUGCUAUUUCACAUGCAAGACUAUCUACCAUGGCCUGGGAUCAGUGAAUCCUUAUAUGGUGGGUUUUUUAUUAAAGGAACAGAAAAAUGGAAUCAUUAUUUCAUCCCACAAAACAACUUACCACCACUAGGAAAUCUCUCAAAUCUUAAAGGAAUUUUAAUUACAGGAGCAAAAUAUUGCUCAUAUGAUUCAAGCUUGCCUUGGGUUGAUCCUCUACUGGAUCUACUCAGAAGUAUUCAUGAGCAUUAUCCUCACGUAAAAUUCGUAGGAAUUUGCCUUGGCCACCAAAUCCUUGCUAGAGCAUUUGGGGGAGAAACCGGGAGAAACCCCUCAAAUAAAUUCAUAUACCAUCUUGAAGAGUUCUCUGCAUUAGAAGAGUUCGAAGGGCUUCCAAACAAACUAAAAGUAUCUGAAUCACAUGGUGACUGUGUGCUAGAAAUUUCUCCAGAGUCUAGGAUAAUUUACACAUCUCCAUCUACUCGUGUAGAAAUGCUAAGAUAUGGGAAUUGGGGAGUCUCAGUGCAAGGCCACCCAGAGUUUACUUCAAUGUUCAUGAAGAAUUUUCACUCAAAAUUCUGCCACCGUAGAUUACCAUAUGAAAAUAUGCAAGAAAUUUUGAAUACCUAUACAUACGAAAGGACUGAUUCCGACUUGAUUAUUGAAGCUUUUAACAGAUUCAUAAGGAAAAAUUAA